CUCGACUACUCGGGAAAAAAGUCGUUAGUCGCAAGCUUUACAGCGAGAGCGACGCGAAUGCUGCAUCGUUAUUGAUUCGAUUGAGUAUCUACUCCCUGUGAUAAGAAGUGUUAAAUCAUAUUUUCUUGUCGGACGUCAGUAAAAAUUAUUCAUUUAUUUUGGAAAAUUCAGCCAAGUUGUGACCAAAAGUUUCAGUCAGAAAGCCUUCAUCGAAUGAACGCAUAACCAGAGGAACUCCGGACGUUGUUUUGGUGGGAAUUAGGGCUACAAUUUUCGACGAAACAAAGCUUUUCACACUCGUCGGGUUCACUUAGCUCGGCGAGGACGGAAGUCUACAGCGAUCUGGAAGAAGAAUCACGGGCGCUGAGAGUGACAGGUGCACCAAAGGAGAAAGGACAAUCGGCGAAGAGCAGGAAUUUGCUUUGCGAGGGCAACGACAGCGGCAGGAUGUCAUACACAUAUAGAUUCCCAUCAUCUCAACACACCCGCUACCGCAGCAACUGGGGUCCUUCGUCCGUGUCUCUUUUCAAUAGAGUCGAUAUUCCAAGGCCGUUGUCCGAAGAAGAAGAAUACGCAGAUUUCUAUUACGAACGCCUUCACUCGGCACAAAGUCGUCAGCUGAUACCGCUUCAGGAAGAUCUUGCUGAUUGGAUCAACAAAACUAUCAAUGUGGAUCACAUAACAGGUGAAAAUUUUUUUGAAUCCUUAGAGAAUGGAUCUAUGGUCUGUCGCCUAGCGAGAGUGAUUCAGGAAAAAGCAAGAUCUGCUGUUGAGGCCGGAAAAGUAAAGGGGCCGAUACCCGUAAUAAGGGGAAGAUGCUGGGAAAAUGCUGCCCGGCGCAGUUUCUUUUCCCGCGACAAUAUGGAGAAUUUUAUACAGUUCUGCAGACGACUUGGUGUACACGAGAAUCUUCUAUUCGAAAGCGACGACCUUGUACUACACGGUCAACCACGAAACGUGAUAUUGUGUCUACUGGAGGUGGCUCGACUGGCUGCUCGAUUUUUGCUGGAACCUCCGUGUUUGGUGCAACUCGAAAGGGAAAUAGCCGCAGAACAACAGAGAGACCUUCACUGCCCUUCAGACAGCGGCAUCUCCCAGAACAGCUUAGUCUCCCGGAAAUUUCAGUCGCUGUCUACAACGGCCUCACCAAGACCCCCAACAUACAAGAUAAAACACAGCAGUUCGGCAAAUGAAAUGGGUGCGAAACCUGCACUUUGGUUAGAUGCUGCUGCAGAAAAUAACUAUGAGGUGGAAAUGAGAAGGACAGUAAGUGACAAUGGACCAACCGGAAGUGAUGGAGUUCCUAGUGAUACAACGGAAGACGAUUGGUCACGUGGUAGUGUAGAAGAUCCAGAUGAACUUGAAGUACCCUCUACGACGAUGUCUCCUUCGCCUUCGCCCUCUGAACCUCCGGAACAUACGGGACUAACCACAGAACUCGAUCGCAAGGUAAGAAGAGCAACCGAGGCCGUUGCAAGGCUCUGCCAAUGUCCUUCGAAUAAAUGUUCGAAGUUACAGGUCAGAAAGGUGGGAGAAGGCCGAUACCACAUAGCUGGACGUAACGUUUUCAUCAGGCUUCUGAAGGGAAGACACAUGAUGGUGAGAGUAGGCGGAGGGUGGGACACCCUGGAACACUUUUUGACGAGACACGACCCCUGCCAGAAAUGCAAGAGCACUGUGUGGAAAGGGAUGCCAAAUCAAAGAAUAGCGCUACACAUUCUGUCGGCACGUUGAAGAAGCUAUAUUACCGAGGAAAAAAAUCAGUGGAAUUGACUGUACUAUAUUGUUAUUAAUUAAUUGUCUCUACAAUCUGAAUUACGCGUUUCGUAAUAAUUACUGAUUAGGUUCAAACGUUUAAACGCGUGAUGUAUUUAUUAUGAAUAUUUAAAUCCUCGUUUUGGAUGAACCUGCCAGAAGAUGCGACCUCAGGUCGUGCUAUUUAUGUUAUUAAUUACUAUAUUUAUUUGCUUCUGACUGGGUUAAAUAUUCGCCAUAACAAUUUUAGUUGAUCCUUGAUUUGUAACGGGAGUAAUAACUUUGUACCUGUUGUUUUGCGACUUAACAUAGUAUCGCAAAUUUUGCAUUCCGUUGUUAUUAGCGAUUCCGGUCUUUUCCGUUUCAGUAUUCAAUUUGAAUAUUUUGAAUGUAGCAUGUUUUUUUAUUUCGAAACGUUGGAGAUUAAAAUUAAAGAGUUAAAGGUUGCAAUUUUUUUCAAUCCUCGAAGCUUUAAAUUAUGAAAGCAUUAUUUGUUUCUCUGGCCUUCCAAUCUCAUGAGGAGAUAGCAUUGUACUCGUGUAUGGUAAUAGUGUGUAACGAAGAAUUAAUAGAAUAAGAAACUUCGAUUGUCACCUUUUAUUUAAUUAAUAAAUAAUUUAAUCCUAUGCCUCUCUCAAAUUAAGCAUACAAUAAGGCAAA